GUAAACAAAUAUCUUUGGUUACUUGAAGCGUCCUGUUUGAAAAUUGGGAAUUCUUGUCAAGAUAUGUCAAACAGCAGAUUGCAAAAUAUUGUCUAUCAAGGAUUAUUCCUUGUUAUAUCAGAAUUAUGUGAACGCUGUUUCAUAACUUGGGACGCCUGAAGUGUUCGACGAAAAUCAUGCAGAACAAUGUCAAGAAACAGCCUUGGGGCAAAUGGGAGUUCAGUCCUCAACUGAGAGAUGCCUUAGAAAAAUUUGAGAAGACUUGCUUGGAGACGGAACCCCUUCCAGAGGAAUAUGCCUCAAAAAUACCACUAGUAUACUGUAAAGAGAAGCCACAAAAUUCUGGUCUCGAAGAAAUGGAUAUUGAUGUCUUCGAGGAGUCCAGUCACCAAGAUGUCACUGUGCCAGAUAUCCAACCUUCCCAGAUGUCACAGUCCUCUCAGAGUUUGGCUGCUCAAGAUGUAAUCCAGGCACUGGAAGAUGGAAAACUAAAUCCUGAGUGUCUGAAGGAAAUUCCAAAAAAUAAAAUAAAGAAAUUUCUACCACUACUCUCAGACUGUGCCUUACUUAACAUGUCUGAAAUUGUUUGCAAGCUGAGAAAUGGAGAACUUGCAGUUCUUAUGUGUACGGAUGUAUUUUUGCCGUGGUUAAGCGAUACUACAAGAUCAUGCUCACGAAGUAUCCUGGAGGCUAUGAAACAGUUGACAAGCACAUAUCCAGAAGAAGUUAGCACUCAUUUAUUGGGCCCCCUCAUCAUUGGUACAGUGGACCUCCAGCAGAUACUUUCACCAAUAAUUGUGACUUUAGCUCCAGAACAUAAGAUCAGUGUCAUCAGGGCUGUUGUUGAGAGUGGUUCCAUGCAGUUAACUGAGUGGCAAGCAACACUUCUACAGGUAGCAAUUGUUCCUUCAACAGAUGACAUACUGAAUGAGAAAAUAAUUACACUUCUUUUAAAGUCUGGUAGUGGAUUGUCAUCUAGUGCAAAAUUUGGACAGUUGCUGAUUACUGUUAUACAGAAAAUUGGUCCUUCAUUGUCUAUUAAUAAACGAGAAUAUCUUGCAGCUGUUUUGGCUGAGCAUAAAACUGUGGCUCGUAAAAUUGGGGAGAAAGCUCUUAAAGCUCUGAAAUGAGUGUUAAGAAACAACUUUUAAGUGUAAAUUUGUUACAAACAGAUAACAAAAGUUCCUCCGAAUUCAUAAAA